GGUCCUCAGAAAUGCAAACAGCCGGCGGACUUUAGCCUUUUUCCGUGCAUUGGGAAAUCCGUGGAGAACAGAGAACAAAGCAGAGGAAGUAUUUUCUCAAUCCCAAAAAUCUUUAUCUUCGUAUUCCCAGAAAAAAAGUUCUUAUUUUUUCGAGAAGAUCCAGAUGUGUGAGGCGGGGCUGUUUGAUCUGGAGAAGCAUUUUGCGUUUUACGGAGCCUAUCACAAGAACCCAAUUAACGUUUUGAUACAUACCUUGUUUGUUUGGCCGAUAGUCUUCUUUACUCUUGUUAUUCUCCACUUCGUACCUCCUCUUUUGAAUCUCUCGCAUAUUGGGUUCAUCCCAUCGGGGUUUCUUGAUGAUCGAGGCUUGGUAUUGAAUUUGGGUUUCUUCUUGACUAUAGUCUACGCCUUGUUUUAUAUUUGUUUGGAUAAGAAAGCCGGGUCUUUAGCUGCUUUGCUCUGUCUUGCUUGUUGGGUUGGUGGCAGUUCUCUUGCUGCGAGACUUGGGUUCUCUCUGGCUUGGAAGGUUGUUCUGGCAGCACAGUUGUUCUGUUGGACUGGACAGUUUCUAGGCCAUGGACUAUUUGAGAAACGGGCUCCAGCUCUUUUGGACAACCUUGUUCAAGCCUUUGUGAUGGCACCUCUCUUUGUAUUGCUGGAGGUUCUGCAAACAUGCUGCGGCUAUGAACCAUAUCCGGGGUUUCAUGCAAGCGUAAAAGCAAAAAUUGAAGCUGAACUCAAGGAACUUGAGGACAGGAAACAGAAGAAGAUUUCUUAGAUGAAAUGGUCAACUUCAGCCAGCACUUUAAUAUACAUGUAAAACAAUAUACAUGUGAUAUGUGAUAGUAGACAGAUUAAUGUGUACCACCAUUGUUCUCAUGUUUGUUGAUGCAUAAGCUCCAGGUAAUUGUUUUCUAA